UUGUUAACUGAUAGUUAAAUGGUAGUUUUUGUGGUUUCUUAUUAAUUCUCGUAAUAUAUUUAUUAGGAGUAAACCUGCAUAUUCCCGUCAUCUGCCGACCGUACGAAUCACCGACGGAGCCGUGGCGGGAAAUUUGAUUCUAGCGAGCUACGAGAAACUUUCGAGAACCAAAAAAAAAAGAAAGAAAGAAAGAAAGAAAGAAAGAAAAAAAAAAACUAUCGGAUGGAUAAUAGGGAUCGUUGUCGCUGUCGCGUCGUCGAUCGAUCUAAAUUAUAGUAAAUACGUAAGUAAGCACAGUCUACAGUGGAGAGCGAUGUUUUGAAACAACGGUUCCAUGGCAACGUCGACGAAGGACGCGAAAAGGUAGUUUUUAGUCGGUGGUAGAUCGCAUCGCGUUUGGAACGAUGUCGUUGUUCAAGACGAAAGAAUGGUGGCGAACGAGGUGCGGGGCGAACGAAACGUUCGACAGGCACAGCUUGCUGGCAGCGCCGUUGUUUGGAAAGGAGAGGCACGACAUCCUGGUGGUGGGAAGCCACGAUGGUUACCUGAGAAUGUACAAGCCGUCGUCGCAAUGGGUGGACGAGACAAAGUCGCCGACCAACUACAAGUCGACGGACCUGAUGAUCGAGACUCGCUUGGACGAUUGUAUCGUGGACUUGAAGACGGGCAGGUUUGUCUCAGGCUCGCAAGAUUUACGGCUGGCGGUGUUGACGGCCUCCAAGUUGAUGGUGUUUGACGUGGCUCUGGUCGAGGAAUCCAACGAAUACGGCUUGCCUCUGGGGGAUCGUUGCGAGCUGAAGAUCGCCUACGAGCACCGGCUGUCGAGAUUCCCAGCCUCGUUGACGGUGGGACCGUUCGGCGGCGUUCGAGGCAGGGACUUUCUGUGCGUUCAGUGCCUGGACGGGACGCUUCUGUUCUACGAGCAAGAGGUGUUUGCGUUCGUCCAAGCGACGAGGAAUCGAUUGCUGGCCGAGCCGAUCGUGUACGUCCCGCGAUACGAUCUGUUCGUCGCCGCCAGCUCCUCCUGGUGUCUCGAGUGUCACAGGUACCAAAGCAUGGCCGAGUGGUCGAGAAACAAGAAGGAACGGAUCUCCGAAACCGAAAUCGCGAUCGACGCGAACAACGCCAACAAUCUCGAGCCAGAUUCGACGUAUAACGUCGGUGAAGCGGUUCUCGGUAUCCAGGUUGUCACUCUGAGUAGCUUCGAGGUCGGGAUCGUGGUUCUUGGCGAGAGACACCUCUACUGCCUGAGGGACAAUUGCGCGUCGGUCAAGUAUGCCAAGAGGCUCGAGUACAAGCCUCUCUGUUUUCGAGCUUAUGUUAUCGAGCCAGACGGUAAGCUGAUGGUACUGGUGAUCGCCGACACGAGCACUCUGAUGAUCUACGAGGGUAGCACGUUGAGAUGGUCGGCCCAACUGCCGUUCGCGCCGGUCACCGUCGCCAGAGUUCAACUGGAGCACCUGCACGGCGUGAUCGUGAUCUUGUCGGCGGACGGUCGACUGGAAGCCUGCUACCUGGGCUCGGAGCCGAGCUUGUUCGUCGUGCCGCCGCUUCACCCACGGGGUUACGAUUACGCGGCCGCCGAGCGAGAGUUGUCAGAGCUGCGAGCUGCCGUGUCGAGCAAAAGCAAACAGACUGAGGAUCGGACCAGCGACGCCGGAAUGGACGCGGAGCUGACGGUGUCGGUGAACGCGUCGCUCGACUCGGAUCGUCCGGAGACGGAGAAGGAGAGCGAGAGAGAGAGGGAGAGCGAGGCCGAGGCCGAGUCGCGACCGCGACCGAUCUGCAACGUGGCGAUCGAGCUGUCCUCGUACGCGACCCUCGACGACGUUCAAGUGUGCGUCGACGUUUCGAAACCGCUGCUCGUCACCGACGAUUUCUACGCUCUGCCGAGUCUCUGCGAGCGACACGUGGCCAAUGUUCGAGUGUACCUGGACGGGGACUGGCCAGCCUUCUCGCUAGACGUCUCGGUGACAGUGACCUAUCGAACGGACGCGGGUAUUCUGAGAGCGGUGCGAAAGACCAGCCAACUGCCUCUGAAGACCGUGCUGAGAAGUUGCCCUCCAGAGAGCACCGCCUCUUUCGUCACCGUCGUCAAGAGCGACGCUCCUCCGCUCGCCUUCACCCAGCUCUUUCCCGGUAGAACACGUGUUUUCUCUCUC